CUGCCUGCUGCAGAGAUGGUGCAAGCAACUGUCUUCCUCCUGGUGCUCAGCCUGGCCCUGGGGGCUCACAGCCUCUCUGUAGAAAAGUGCAACCUGAUCGGGCACUGGGUCAAUGACCUGGGCUCCAACAUGACCAUCUUGGCUGUGGAUGAAAAAGGCAACUUCGCUGGCUUGUACAACACAUCUGUGGCAGACCACCCGAACGAGAUCCAGCAGUCAUCACUGGUGGGCUCCCUGCACCUCACAAACCCAAUAGACCAGCCCACCUUUGGCUUCACUGUCAACUGGACCUUUUCAGACUCCAUCACUGUUUUCACGGGACAAUGCUUCGUGGACAAGGAUGGAAAGGAGACUUUGAGGACCAUGUGGCUUCUGCGGUUACACGUGGAUGACCUUGAAAAUGACUGGAAAGCCACCAGGUGA